GCCCACAGAGAGGGAGAGAGGGAGAGAGAGACACAGUGGAAUAGAACAGUUUGGAUCCAACAGCACAGCUCAAAAUGAUGACCACCAGGGACCGCUGGCGAGUGUACAAGACGGCGGGCCUGAUGUUCUUCUUGGCCGUGGUGAUGCUGACUGUAUUCCAGAGAGGCACGCUCAGCUCCGAAGAUCAGUUCCAGAUCGAGCGGCAGCUGCGGAUGGAGACUCCGGUGGAGGAAGCCGUGCAAAGGAUGGGAUUAUACCGACGUCCAAACAGUUUCUGGAAGAAACAUCAACGAAGAGUGGAGGCCAGCACCGAGGAACCACACGUCACGCUGAACAGAGGAGCUAAAACCUGGGACAUCACCAGCUCCAACUGCAGCGCCAACCUGAACUUCACUUCUACUGACUGGUUUGCCGGUUUGGAGGCCAAUUUCCGGCAGUUCCUGCUCUACAGGCACUGCCGAUACUUCCCAAUGCUACUCAACCACCCAGAGAAGUGCUCGGGCGACGUCCACCUGCUGAUGGUCAUCAAAUCGGUCAUUUCUCAGCACGACCGCCGGGAGGUCAUCAGGCAAACGUGGGGCAAGGAGCAGGUGAUAAAUGGCAAGAAGAUCAAGACCCUCUUCCUUCUGGGCACCUCAUCCAUAGAAGUGGAGAGGGCCAACCACCAGAAGCUUCUGGAGUUUGAGGAUUACAUCUACGGAGACAUCCUGCAGUGGGACUUCAUGGAUAGCUUCUUCAACCUAACCCUGAAGGAGACCCACUUUCUGAAAUGGUUCUCCACGUACUGCGGGAACGUCCGUUACAUCUUCAAAGGGGACGACGACGUGUUUGUUAGUGUGCAGAACAUCCUAGAAUACCUGGACAGCAGCGCAGAUGUGAAAAACCUGUUUGCUGGAGACGUUCUCUUUAAGGCCAGGCCCAUCCGGAAGAAGGAGAACAAGUACUACAUUCCGCAAGCCCUGUAUAAUAAGACCUACUACCCUCCCUAUGCAGGAGGGGGCGGAUUUUUGAUGGACGGACCAAUAGCCCGGAAGCUCUACUUAGUCUCCGAGACUCUGGAGUUGUAUCCCAUCGAUGACGUUUUCCUCGGAAUGUGCUUGGAGGUUCUUCAGGUGACGCCCAUAAAACAUAACGCGUUUAAGACUUUCGGGCUGGUGAAGAAUAAAAGCAGCAAGUUGAACAAGGAGCCCUGCUUCUUUAAGAGCAUGAUAGUGGUACAUAAACUUCUCCCUCGGGACCUCCUGGCCAUGUGGAGACUGGUCAACAGUGACCUGGUUUGUGCCCAGAAAGUGGAAUCUUUAUAGCGACAGACUGGAUGGGUAAAGAAGGACUUCGGAGAACUUCUGAACUUUGAGUCAUGCUCAAAUGAACGUACUCCUGUUUUGAGGAGAUUUUAAAUUAUGUACUGUAGCAAAUGGAGACGAAUGCUGUGUGUUGGGGGCCAAACGUGUGGAAUUGCGAAAGCUAUUUAUGGGAAGGACGUAGAGAAGGACAUUAUGCUGCUAAUAGUGGUAUCACUGAGUACUGAUUUUUGAAUGUACUAGGGCUGACCUGAUCAUUUAAAUACUUAAGUAUUUGUUUCUUAGAAUUCAAAGCUUAAUUACAAAAACUGUAGCCUAAACUACAACUUGUCUUAUCCAGCCUUAAAAAAAGAAAUGAUGUACAGAAAAUAUUUAAGAUAAGCGAAUUCUCGCAAUAUUGCAUGGAAACACUAUUCAGUACAGAGUUUAUGACAAAUUAUGAGGUAUUCACUGUAUAGCUGGGCUACAGAUCUACUUUUUGUUCUCAGUGCUGCUUUUCAUGAAAAAACCCUAGCAACACCUUAGCAAUCACCUGGGAUACCACCAUAGCAACGGCUAACAAUAUCCUAGCAACACCCUAACAACACCCUAGCAAGAACCUAGCAGCACCCUAGCAACCACCUGGGAUAUUAUAGCAGCUGUCUAGCAACACCUUAGCAACCACCU